UUGAGAUUUUACAGUUUGCAAAGUACGGUCUCACAAACAAACAUCAAUUGAAAUUUCUAGAGGUAAUCUUCGUCAACUGCUAAUUUUCGUGACUAUAAAAUAUGACUGGACGCGGCAAGGGAGGCAAAGGAUUGGGAAAGGGUGGUGCCAAGCGUCAUCGAAAGGUGCUUCGUGAUAACAUCCAGGGUAUCACCAAGCCCGCCAUUCGCCGCUUGGCCCGUCGUGGCGGUGUAAAGCGUAUCUCCGGCUUGAUUUAUGAGGAGACUCGUGGUGUGCUCAAGGUCUUCCUUGAGAACGUUAUCCGCGAUGCUGUCACCUACACGGAGCACGCCAAGCGCAAGACCGUAACCGCUAUGGAUGUGGUCUAUGCUCUCAAGCGCCAGGGACGCACCCUUUACGGCUUCGGCGGCUAAGGUGUUGUUGCCCAUUUUACUUACUCCGACAUAAAAUAUAUACUUGAUCGAUUUAAAAUUUAACCACUAAUCAGUAACUAAAAACUUAAUCAGACACAGCAUAUUAUGUAUUCCACAAAGAUAAUCCCAUAAAAAAUAAAUACAAAAAAAAAAUAGGCUCCCUUAGAGCACAAAAAUGAUGUCGAUUUUUAAUGGCAGGCAAUUGGAAAACAUGUAAUUUUUAUAA